GUCUGGAGCCGCUCACACUUCACCGGCUGGUCCACGGAGACGCAAGAAGGAAGAAUGUGCGCCCCGUGCAUGUGCUCUCAUAAUUUCAUUCCUUGAGACUCGUCACCCGAGAAAAAAGACUGUUAUUCCUGCCAGAUAUUUGGGGAUAAUGAAGAAAUAAGCCCUUGGUCAUAUCUCAACCUCUAACAGACUGUUUCAAACACCUCAGGCCUUUGAACCCACACACUGUCAGCCUCUGCUUUGAAGUAAAAAAAAAACUUUUGUGACUUUUUUGCACCGACGCCGGCCCUGAUCCUCCAGCCCGCCAGCCACAUAGACGUUUCACCGCUUGCACUUGUUUGCUUUAUCAAAUGCCCAAAAACAGCAAGGCCGUCAAGAGAGAGCUUGACGACGAUGUCACAGAGUCUGUCAGAGACCUGCUUUCCAACGAGGACGCCUGUGAUGAUUCCUUCAAGAAGAGCUCGCUGAUUGUCAACAACCAUGAAGGCGAAGGGAAAGAAUGUGACGUGGAGGAAGGAGGUUCAGACGGAGAGGAGGAGGAGCGCCCGGCCUGGAACAGCAAGCUCCAGUACAUCCUGGCCCAGGUGGGCUUCUCUGUAGGCCUGGGCAACGUCUGGAGGUUCCCCUACCUGUGUCAGAAGAACGGAGGGGGAGCGUACUUGGUGCCCUAUCUCAUUCUUCUGAUAUUGAUCGGCAUCCCGUUGUUCUUCCUGGAGCUGGCGGUGGGGCAGCGGAUCCGCAGGGGUAGCAUCGGGGUGUGGAACUACAUCAGCCCCCGGUUGGGGGGCAUCGGCUUCGCCAGCUGUGUGGUGUGCUUCUUCGUGGCUCUUUACUACAAUGUUAUCAUCGGCUGGAGUCUCUUCUACUUCUCCCAGUCCUUCCAGCAGCCGCUGCCGUGGCACGAGUGUCCACUCGUCAAGAACAAGACCAGUACAUAUGUGGUGCCUGAGUGUGAGAAGAGCUCGGCCACCACCUACUACUGGUACCGCCAGGCCCUGGACAUCUCCGACAGCAUCUCUGAGGGCGGCGGACUCAACUGGAAGAUGACUGUGUGUCUGCUGGCCGCCUGGUCCAUGGUCUGCCUCGCCAUGAUUAAGGGAAUCCAGUCUUCUGGGAAGGUGAUGUACUUCAGCUCCCUGUUUCCGUACGUGGUGUUGAUUUGCUUCCUGGUUCGGGCUCUGCUCCUGAAGGGCUCCGUGGACGGGAUUCGACACAUGUUCACACCAAAGCUUGAGAUCAUGUUGGAGGCCAAAGUGUGGCGUGAAGCGGCCACCCAGGUCUUCUUCGCCCUGGGCCUGGGCUUCGGCGGCGUCAUCGCCUUCUCCAGCUACAACAAGCGGGACAACAACUGCCACUUCGACGCCGUCUUGGUGUCGUUCAUCAACUUCUUCACCUCGGUCCUGGCCACCCUGGUGGUGUUCGCCGUGUUGGGCUUCAAGGCCAACAUCAUGAACAGCAAAUGUGUUGCACUGAACACAAACAGAAUCGUGGCUCUUUUGGGAAACGGCGUGGACAGAAGUCAGAUCCCGCACCACAUCAACCUCAGCCAGGCCAACCAGGUCAGCGCUGAGGACUACCACCAGAUGAUAGACAUCAUCCGGGGGGUGACGGAGGACGACUUCCCCAGCCUGGGCCUGGACACCUGCAGCAUCGAGGACGAGCUCAAUAAGGCCGUCCAAGGCACCGGCUUGGCCUUCAUCGCCUUCACCGAGGCCAUGACCCACUUCCCGGCGUCACCCUUCUGGUCCGUCAUGUUCUUCCUGAUGCUGGUCAACCUGGGCCUGGGCAGCAUGUUCGGCACCAUCGAAGGCAUCCUCACACCGCUCAUAGACACUUUCAAAGUCCGCAAGGAGUUUCUGACAGUGGGAUGCUGCGUGCUGGCCUUCUCCAUCGGCCUCCUGUUUGUUCAGCGCUCAGGGAACUACUUCGUGGCCAUGUUCGACGACUACUCGGCGACGCUGCCUCUGCUCAUAGUCGUCAUCCUGGAGAACGUGGCCAUCGCCUGGGUCUACGGCAUCGAUAAGUUCUUUGAAGACCUGAAGGACAUGCUGGGCUUCACCCCGUUCCGCUUCUACUACUACAUGUGGAAGUACAUCACACCCAUCCUGCUGCUGGUGCUGCUGGGCUCCAGCCUCAUCCAGCUGACCAUGACGCCGCCCAGCUACAGCGCCUGGAUACAGGAAGAGGCGAAGGAGCAGACGCUGCGCUUCCCUCCCUGGGGCAUCGUGGUCUGCAUCUCCCUGGUGGUCAUGGCCGUCCUGCCGGUGCCCGUGGUCUUCGCUCUGCGCUUCUUCAACAUCAUCGACGACAGCGCCGGCGGCCUUUCCACCGUCUCUUACAAGAAGGGGCGCAUCAUCAAGGAGAGCGCCCGGCCGGGGGAGGACGACGACGCCAGCCUGAUCCAGGGGAAAUCCCCCAGCGAGGCGCCUUCGCCGAUGCCCGGCAACAGCAUCUACCGUAAGCAGAGCGGCGGCGGCGGCGGCAGCCCUGAUGCGGACACUGCACCCAACGGCCGUUACGGUAUCGGUUACCUGAUGGCCGACAUGCCGGACAUGCCUGAGUCGGACUUAUAGAAUGACUUUAAGAGCACCGGCUCCUCCACCCCCCCACCCCUGUGUGUGCAUUUAGUUGGCCGUAUCAUCCAUGUAUAUUUCACCUGUAAUGUAUAUUCUCUGUAGAUAUGGUAGCUGCUCUUCUUUGUCGUCUCUGAACCUUAUAUGACUGUUGACCCUU